AUGUCCGAAGAACAACGAAGUAGUCAUCCUGAUACUGCCAGUACCCUUGAUCCCCCUCAAAUGACGGCGGCCAACGUUUACAACAUGAUCCUUGACGCUGAUAACCCGAUAAAGCUAACCGGCAAAAAGUUCAAGAUACCUAUACCCGCGACCGGAGAACUCAAGACGUUCAUUGAUCACGGUUCUACGUGCGAUGCCGAAGGCUACCCUAUUUACCCCAACGGCGAAACGGUUUUCGUUCGCAAACCUACCAAUCAAGUCACAAACUUUGGCCACAUCGCUUACCCCCACACUCAAAAGACCCAUGGGGCAAAGAACGGCCCGUGGAAAACAAUUUGGUUCAAAUGUCUGGGUGUCUUACAUUGCAAGGAUGAUUUCUGUGAAUAUGCGGCUCCACCUCCAACGGCUGAUAGCAAAGCCGCGGAACUGAUUCAAGAUCAUCCCAAAUGCCCUGCCAUCAAGUGUGAUAGCAAUCACGUAUGGACGCAAUGCCCUGACUCCAACUGUCGAAUCAACAUCGAGAAACAUACGGGCUGGGGUGUACUUAGACACUCAGGUACUCAUAAACACGUAUGGCCAACUUCGAAAAAGGCCGAUCCCCUUGCCAUGCGUGUGCUCACGGACCAAUUGGUUAGCAAUCCGAAGGCAGGACCGUUGGUCCUGAAGGUCGGGCAAGCAGGUGCAGGACAGACGGUCACUGCACCUGUUGUGGAUAUCCAUCCUGCUUUUGGUAAUGGCGGCCCUUUUGGUUAUUUGCGACGCAAGGUGCUCAUCGAUAAGGGCCUCAUGCCCGAAAAGAAAAGCCACGGUGGGGGUGACCGGCUCAUCAUGGAUUUGAUGCACUGGGGCAGGAACGGGCUCAGAUUGAUUUCAACCUCGCUUUCGGGUGCCAAUGUGCACAUCACCUACCAAUCCGAAUGGAUGGCGGACCAACUCGUUCGCCGGGAUCAGGACAACCGCAUCUAUUCCGGAGGUCUUCUUUCAGACGUGACGUACCGAUUUUUCGACCACGGUUAUCUUCUCACCACCUCCAUGUAUAGCGAUGUCAUGCAUCGCUGGGUCCCAAUCCAACUCACCUGGAUGUGGGGCCUCGAUGAGGCUCAUUACGAAGCUCAUUUCACCACACUUCUGGAGCAAAUAUCGAACACGAACCUCACCUACCACGAGCGAGAUCUCUUGGCUCAACAGGUGGUCGAUUUCUCGUUGGCCCAGAAGAAGGGUUUCGUCAGUGCCUACAUGAAGGUCUUUAAAGAAUACAAUCCAGCAAAAGCAUUGAGUAAGUUAAAGGGCUGUCAUGAGCACUAUCGACAGUUGAUUACUCGGGUCAAGAAGAACCGUAACAUUGUGGAUGCCAGUCGAAUUUCUGAAUUAGAACGCCUGGCCCUGGACCUCCUCGAACCCAACAAGCCGGGUGGGUUAUCUCUCCGAGACAAAUUCGACCAAAUGGCGCGCCUAUUUCCCAAAAGCAAGGCUUGGGUCAAUUGGUGGAAUACAUCUGACAUCCACAGUAUGCUCUUCUGUGGUCGAGAGCGCCUCCCGCUGGAUGAUCCUCCGUUGCCGGAUGAAGAUCCCCUGAUGGCCGAGAUUCCCGACACCACCAACGGUCAGGAAUCUAUGCACCGACAAUAUUACAUCCUGACGGUUUGUACAAUUAUUACUUUUUACCGAGUCUUUGAAGAAGGACUUCAAUCAAAUACUUCGGGGUAUUUCGGUGAAAUAUGGCAGUAA